GAGGUGAUCUCUGAUCCAGACGGUAAGGAAAAGACAGUGUUUUGUUUUUAUGUAGAGAGAGAAAGGGAAAGAAGGAGAGGGUUUUGUAGGGAAGAAAAAUUACAACAAAAAUCAAAAUAUUAUCUGAAGAAAAAAUAAACUGAAAAAAGGCGGGUGUUUCUUUUGGUGGAGGGGUGGAGGCGUAUCGGAGACAGAUCUGGUAUAGAUGGAGGGAGUUGGGGCCCGAUUAGGGCGGUCCUCCACCCGAUAUGGACCGGCUACGGUGUUCACUGGACCGGUGAGGAAGUGGAAGAAGAAAUGGGUCCAUGUAUCACCCUCUUCUGCUUCCUCUAAUUCCAACACCAAUCACAAUCACAACCACGCUCAUUCUUCCAACGCCUCUCAUCUUCUCCUCUACAAGUGGACCCCUAUCACCCAAAGCCAUAACACCACCACCAACAACUCCAACACCGCCACCGCCAAUGGUAACACCAAGGAUGCACAGCCGGAACAGCUUGAAGAACCGCCUCGGAGAAAGUUCAAAUAUGUUCCGGUUGCUUUACUAGAGGAGCAGAAAAAUGAGGCCGCUGAAAAUGAGGGUGCUGAGAAGCUUGAUGAGUCUAAACCAACUGAUACUGAUUCGGGCGCAGCAGAGUCAGCUCGCAAGGGUGAAACUUUGGAUGAAAAGCCUGACAUAAAUGAUGUUCCAAUGGAAGAAAGUCAGUCUCAGUACAAAAAUAAGGUGGUGCGCCAAGAUCUGAACGAAAGCACGUUGGAUUUAAGUUUGGGCUUGACAUCACACGAAGAUGAACAUGAUUCUGAUUCAAAACCUAAUCAAACAAGAGAUGGCCAGCAACGCUAGUUAACUUGAGUGGUAAUGAAACAUGAACAGGGGUCUCAUGAUUCUCCGGUUGGUAAGAACGUAAAAGGUUCAGUGUAUACAUUGGUCUGAUGGAAGGGCAUUGUCCCCUGGCUUUAUGUUCAACCAAUGGUUAUCGUAGGUUGGAUUAUUGUAACGGCAUAUGGCUUUAAUGUGGAUUUUUUUACUCAGUGUCCUUGCUGCUCUGACCGUAAUUUGUAUUGGAGGAACGGAUAUUGUACCCAUUUUCUCAAUCAUUGGACAUAUUUUUGUCCAGAUAUUUAUUCAAAUAGGAUAUUCUGGACUUUGAACCUUCAA